AUGGCUGCCAUCGUUGACUCUCUCGACACCCAGUCACUGAUCAAAGCUACUGCUUUGGUCUUGGCCCUGCUCUUCGUGUCUCAUUUUUUCCAUGUACUCGCGGACGGUUUCCCCUACUGGCAUAUACCCCUCGUGGGACGCAGUCGAUGGGAACUCUCCAACACUAAAGCCAAAGCGCGCUUCCUCGAAUCGGCAAAAGAACUCAUCAGCGAGGGUUUUCGUGAGGGGAGAAAAGUCUUCCAACUCACGUUUACCCACGAUACAGUAAUUGUAUUGCACCCCUGUUUCAUCGAUGAGAUCAAGAACAAUUCCAAUCUUAGCUUUUCGCUGGUCACCAAGAAGUUGUUCUUUGGAGAGAAAAUCUCUGGCUUCGAGCCCUUUGGAGGGGGGAAUGAGAAAUAUGAUGUGGUUCGUGAAGUCAUCAACAAGAAGCUAACAUAUCAAGUUCUCGGAAAACUCGUUUUACCUCUUUCAAGAGAGACCGCCUUUGAAUUGAAGGAAUCGUUUCCCGAGUCUGAUGACUGGCAAGAGGUCACCUUUGGAUUCAAACUCCCAUACAUCAUUUCUCGCCUCUCUUCGCUUGUUUUCAUGGGUGACGCGAUCUGCCGCGACAAGAAUUGGCAGAACGUAUCGGUGAAUUAUGCCAUCGACGCUUUCCAAGCCGCCCGUACCCUGCGAUACUGGCCGGCCAUCCUCCGCCCAGUGGUGCACUGGUUCUUACCCUGCAUGCAGAAGAUCCGGAGGCACGUCUCGGCGGCCUCAAGCAUCAUCAAACAGGAGAUUGACAGAAGAGAUAUGAUUCGAGACGGCAAGCUACCGGCCGGUCCUCCGAGAACCCACGAGGAUGCGCUGGACUGGCUACCAGAGGUUGCGCGUGGCCGACCUUUCAGCUUCAUGCGCUCUCAAAUUGGAUUGAGUCUAGCUUCCAUUCACACAACGUCAAAAUUUGUGCUGAACGUUCUCUACGACCUGAUCACGUAUUCCGAAAACCUCCCGCAUCUCAGGGACGAAAUCAAGGCCGUCGUGGAAGAGGAUGGGAUCCUGACGAAAAGUAGCCUCAUGAAGUUGAAGAAACUGGACAGCUUUAUGAAAGAAUCCCAGCGACUGAGUCCCUUGAGUCUCUCCGUCCUCAACCGCGUUGCCACCGAAGACGUCCACCUAUCCGACGGAACCCUCAUUCCUAAAGGGGCCACUAUCACCGUCUCCACGCACUCCAUGCAAGACGAGGCCGUGUACCCAAACGCAAAGACCUUCGACGGUCUCCGCUUCUGGAAAAUGCGACAAAUCCCCGGCAACGAGACACGGUACCAAUUGGCAUCGACGAGCGCAGAGCAUUACGGCUUCGGACAUGGCAUGCAUGCCUGCACGGGGCGAUUCUUCGCCACGACCGAGAUCAAAAUUCUCCUCGUGCACCUCCUUAUGAAGUACGACUGGAAAUUCGCCGACCAGACAGACCGACCUAAACCGAUCGUACGCGGGAUGGAGGUCAUUUGCGACCCGAGGGUUAAGGUGCUGUAUCGGGCCCGUGAGCCGGAGAUCGAUCUCAGAAAGCUGGGUGAAGAGUUCGAGUCAUCGGACGGUUCUUGCUCCAGUGGUGGAAGUUUUGAUAUCGUGGAGUGAGAAUCGUCUUCAUUGCCUAGUGCUCAGAGCUCACAGGUACCAGGUGCCAUGUGAUGACCUCAUGAUUUCUUCUGUCUGUUCUUUCAAAUUCUUUGUAUCUGUUAUC